CUCCCCUUCUGCCCCACUCCCCCUGCGGGAGCCGCGUCGGUGCGUGCGGACCUGGGCUGGAGCGGCCCCCAAGCUCGGUGGGGAGUCCGUCCGAGGCGGGCGGCGGAGUGCGGCGCCGUUGAGGGCGCUGUCCCACACGCUCCCAGGGCUCUUGGAAGGGUCAGCGCCCGGGCCGAAGAGCGGGGGCAGGCGGGCGCUGCCAGAGCGCGAGCCCGACGUCGUGUCUGGAGCGGUAGUGACUGGGGCUUGGGCGCCGCCUGCCCGGGCGGAGAUCCGGGUUCACCUAGCGCGGGGCCCAGGACCCUGACGCGGGUGAGGCGGCCCCGAGAGCAUGAGCGGGCAGCGCGUGGACGUCAAGGUGGUUAUGCUGGGCAAGGAGUUCGUGGGUAAGACGAGCCUGGUAGAGCGAUACGUGCACGACCGCUUCCUGGUGGGGCCCUAUCAGAACACCAUCGGAGCCGCCUUCGUGGCCAAGGUGAUGUCUGUCGGAGACCGGACAGUGACUUUGGGUAUUUGGGACACAGCAGGCUCUGAGCGCUACGAGGCUAUGAGCCGAAUCUACUAUCGAGGUGCCAAGGCUGCCAUCGUCUGCUAUGACCUCACAGACAGCAGCAGCUUUGAGCGGGCAAAGUUCUGGGUGAAGGAACUGCGAAACCUAGAGGAGGGCUGUCAGAUCUACCUGUGUGGCACCAAGAGUGACCUGCUGGAGGAGGACAGGCGGCGUCGACGUGUGGACUUCCACGAUGUCCAGGACUAUGCAGACAAUAUCAAAGCUCAGCUCUUUGAAACAUCCAGCAAGACAGGCCAGAGUGUGGACGAGCUCUUCCAGAAAGUGGCAGAGGAUUACGUCAGUGUGGCCGCCUUCCAGGUGAUGACAGAGGACAAGGGCGUGGACCUGGGCCAGAAGGCAAAUCCCUACUUCUACAGCUGUUGUCAUCACUGAAUCACCACUUAUUUGGCCUGGGGGAAUUAAAGGAAUUCCCCAAGGGGCUGGACCUAGUUCUUGUCUGGGCUUGGAUGGUCAAACAUGUAAGCUACCCCAAGUCCCCAUGGCAGCAGAAGUGGCACCUGUCUGUGCUGGCCCAUGGAACGUGCAGCAUUGGGCUGACUGAUGGUCAUCAGGAGGGUAAAGGCGGAGUUGGACUCCAG